UUUAAAGAAAUAAUUAACGAAUCUAUGACGGAAGAAGCUCCCUCCUAAAUCCUGACCUUUUUGUAACCAAUGUAAUUUUUUAGAAGUUUAAUGAUCACUCCAACAGACUCAUAAAAAUGGCACUAUACAGAGCAGAUCCCAGUAGGGUACCAUUAUUGACAGAAGAAAAUUCAUUGGUUACCUUUGACGAAGAUGACAUUCAAAGAUCUGUUAUUAGAAAAAAUAAAAAAUCCAGACGACAGUUUAUUUUCUAUGUUAUAUUCUCAGUCGUACUGAUUUUAAUGUUUGGCGCUGCUCUGUAUCUUCUGUCGGGAAAUCUCAGUGAAGAUGAUGACUACAAGAGACAUGAUUUUCCUCCAUCAAAGUCAAAACUGGGAAAAUACAAACAGGCUGCCAUAGCUUCUGAUAAUGAAGUCUGUUCACAAGUUGGAAAAAAAAUACUGGAAGAGAAAAGGGGGUCAAGCAUAGAUGCUACCAUAGCUGUUCUUCUAUGUUAUGGUGUAACAGAUCCACAUAGCUCUGGUAUUGGUGGAGGAUUCUUUAUGACUAUUUAUGACAGUAAAAAAAAGAAAUCAAUUGUACUAGAUGCUAGAGAGACAGCUCCUAUAAACGCCAAAGAGGACAUGUAUGAGAAGGAUCCUGAACAGUCUGUUUUAGGUGGACUGGCAAUAGCAGUACCAGGAGAGGUAAGAGGGUAUCAGAAAUUAUGUGAGUUGUACAAAUGUCUGCCAUGGAAGGACUUGGUACAACCUAGCAUUGACCUAGCUAAGAAUGGCUUCAUAAUAACUGCCAAUACAGGAAGAGCUAUCGAGAGUUCAAAGAACAAAAUUUAUGCCAACCCAGCAUUUAAGAAAGCAUACACAAAUCUAGUAACAAAGAAGCUAUACAAGGUUGGAGAGAAGGCACGAUUUCCAUUACUGGCUAACACACUGAGGAUUAUAGCAGAGGAAGGACCACAGUCAUUUUAUAAUGGAAGUCUGAGUAAAAACAUACUGGAGGACUUGAAAGAAGCAGAUUCCAUUAUACAAGAGAGAGAUUUACAGAAUUAUACUGUUCUUCUGAAACCAGCUGUAUCAUCUGUUUUGAAUGAUGGUUCUACACUGUAUUCAGCACCAGCUCCAUCUGGUGGUCCUGUCUGGUUGUUUAUCAUGAAUAUUAUGGAUGGAUAUAACAUAACUCCUGAAUCAGUUCUUCCUGAGAAGUCAGAACUACUAACUUAUCACAGACUUGUGGAAGCUUUUAAGUUCGCUUACGCUAAAAGAACCGACCUUGGUGACCCAGCUUUUGUCUCUGAUGUUGCAGAUGUUGUUAAAAAUUUAACAUCACGUUCCUAUGCUGAUGGUAUUAGACAGAAAAUCUGGGACAACCAAACACAUGAUUAUAUGUAUUAUGGACCUACAUUUUAUGAUAAGUUAAAGACCAGCACAGCACAUUUAUCUAUGGUCGGGAAUGAUGGUUUGGCAAUAGCUGUUACCACAACGGUAAAUACAGUAUUUGCAUCAGGUAUUUUAGGAUCAAGGACUGGUAUUGUAUUUAACAAUGAAAUGGAUGACUUCUCCUCACCUAACAUAACUAAUGACUUUGGUAUCAGACCUUCACCUGCUAAUUUCAUCAAACCUGGGAAGCGACCAUUAUCAUCCAUGUCACCAUCAGUUGUUGCUGGUAAAGAUGGUGACAUUAAACUGGUCAUUGGAGCAGCUGGUGGAUCUCAUAUAACUACUUCUGUUUCUUAUAUUACCAUGAGAGUGUUAUGGUUUAAAGAAACAAUAAAACAGGCCAUAGAUGCAGCAAGGUUACAUCAUCAACUAUUGCCUCCAUAUAUUUAUUAUGAAUCUGAAUUUCCAAAGCAUUUUGUAGAAGGUUUAAGGAAUUUAGGACACAAUAUUACAGACAAACCAGCCUUCAGAACCGAUGCUAAUGGUGUCACUACUCAAAAUGGAUUAUUGUAUGCUAACUGUGAUUUCAGGAGAGGCGGGGCUCCAGAUGGAUUUUAAAGACAAUUAUUGGGAGAAAUUAUGAUGUUUAAACAAUUAUACAAAUAAGAAAGGGAGAGAGAGAGAGUGAGAGAAUAAAAUGUUAAAAAGAGAGAGAAAGAAAGAGAAGAUGUUUAACAAAAAGAGAGAGAGAGACUUGAAUGCAUAAUAAAGAAUAUGAAGGAAUAACUGAGAUUAAUGAAUAAUUGAAACCUCCAAUUAUGGGGGGUCUCAGCCUACAAGUUUGGUUACAGAUGUCUGGCUGGGGUUUGAACUUCCCCUAAUUUUAUAUAUUACUAAUUAUUUAUGCAAAAAUACUUUCCCAUUCAAAUGAAUAAUUGAGAUUCCAAAUGAAUAAUUGAAACUUCUAAUGAAUAAUUGAGACUUCAAAUAAAAAAUUGAGACCUGAAUGAAUAAUUGAGACUUCAAUUGAAUAAUUGAAACAUCAAACAAAUAAUUGAAACUUCAAAUGAAUAAUUGAAACUAACAAUGAAUUGUUGAGACUCCCAAUUUAUUAUUGAGACUUACAAUGAAUAAUUUGGACUUACAAUGAAUAAUUGAGACUGAAUAAUUGAAACAUCCAAUGAAAAUUUAAGACUUCAAUGAAUAGUUGAGAUUAAUUUGAAUUAUUGAAUCUUCCAAUGAAUAAUUGAGCUGUCAAAUGAAUAAUUGAACUUUAAAUGAAUAAUUGAGACUUUAAAUGAAUAAUUGAGACUUCAAAUGAAUAAUUGAAACUUCCAAUGAAAAUUUGAGACUUUAAAUGAAUUAUUGAGAAUUAUUUUGAAUAAUUAAAACUUCCAAUAAAUAAUUGAGCUGUCAAAUGAAUAAUUGUGCCUUUCAGGAAAGGAAAACAAUUAAAUUUGAGACUAACCCAACCUUUAACUCUGGGAAUUAUUGCUAGUAUUGUUAAUAAUAAGUGUCCUAUAAAUCUCUGAUAUGAAAUGAGUUCUUUAAACUGUGAUAUGUAACUCAAAGAUUUGAUGAGAAAAAUCAUUAUUUUUUUUUUUUAAAGUUGUAAAGAGGGUUGUGAUUGAAAUGCUCAGACAUUAAUGGAAGCAUUCUACAAAGAAAGUUUUUCAACUUUUUACUGCAGAAAUUGUUGUUGUUCAUUUUUUCUACGCUAUUUUCAGUCCCAUUCAUCAAAAUGUCGGGUACAUUAAAAUUUUGUAUUGUUAUGAACUGUAUAAUAAAAUGUAAAUGGUGAUCUUGUGAAAUGUGUAAAUAUUAUGUAAAUACAUGUAAUGGACUGAAAGUUCUCAUGCAAUAUCUAGACAACUGUAAAAAUAGAAACAAGUUUUUCUAGUUUAUUUAACUUUUAGUUCUAAUAUAAAACACAUGUAAAACAUAUGCCUCUGUGUUGAAGGCCGUACAUUGACCUAUAAUGGUUUACUUUUAUAAAUUGUUAUUUGGAUGGAGAGUUGUCUCAUUGGCACUCACACCACAUCUUCCUAUAUCUAUAUAUGACUAUUUUUUAAAUGAACAUACAUAAAUAUUUGUUCAAUUAAAAUUUAGUUAGGUAACACAUCUAUUUUGUAACAUUCCUUCACUUUAUUCAUUCCUGUUUACAUUAUAUUAAACAAUUGUCUUUCAUAAUGUAUUUUUAUUGUGGUUAGGCUUAAUAUUUUAUUUGAAAUCAUUUUAACAGUUUCACAAAUGUUUUGUCUGUAAUCUUACAAGAUUUUUUAUGAAAAAAUUGCUCAAAUUAUGAUAUUAUCAUGGAAAAUUUAAAUGUAAAAUAAUAUAUCCCAGUGCGAGCUAAAAAAGUGUCCUGUGAAAAAGAGUCCACCUGGACACCAUCACAAAAAAGGUAUAUAGAGAUGUGUCCAGUGCUGUGAAAAAUUGUCCAUUCCAUGAUAAAAUACUAUUAAAUUCUGGUUGGUUUUAAAUAUGAGGACACUUUUUCACAGUAAAAGGUGUCCUUUAAAGGUAGAUAGUAAAAAAGUCACUGAAAUGUUUUGGUUAUAUUUAGUUUUCUAUUACUAAGACAAACCACUUAAAGGGGCACCAGCUAUGAGAUAUAUAAAAAAUCUUAUAUAUAUAUUUUUUUUGCUCAAUCAUUGAUGAAAUGCAAAAUAGUGAAAUAAAAAAUUCGCUUUUAGCAUCCAGUAUGGUUCAAUUUUGUCAAAAUAAGCUAAAAAACAUUGAUUAUGAAUUAUUCACCUGCUAGUGAAUAAUUCGACCUCAUUGAAUCUGUAUUCAUGUGAACUUCAAUUUAACCCCUUAGCUUGAGAUCAAUAACAUGUGAAUUGUAUGUGGAAAGUUAUUUAAAGGAAAAGAAUGUCAACAUUGAAAGUCAAAUAUAUUCGAUCCACAAAAAAACAUUUUUAUACAGGUAAAAACGAUGAUAAACAUUUAUUUUUCAUCGAUGAUAUGAAUUUAAAUAAACCUAGAAUAAUCCAACAGCACAAGUUUGCUCAAUCUAUUUAUAUCUAUAUUUAUGUUUACACGACUUAUAUAGUCAUCGGAUGACUUUAGAGGUCAACUCGAUAAUUAUAUAGAAGGCGUCUAGACUAAAAUACACACAAAACGAAGCUACAUAUUUUCAUGCAUGUGCCCUGUUUAUUAUUUAUUUUAGACUUUUAAUAGUUUGGAUAAAUGUUUUACAUUGUUAUAAAUCAAAUAUGAGAAUUUGAUUAAAAUCUAUGAACAUAAAUUUGACAGCUAGUGCCCCUUUAAGAACCUGUUAUAGUUUGAUCAAAACACAAAAUGGUGCUGGCAAUAUGAUUAAACAUGCACUAGUAUUUUGUUAAGGGGCCAGCUGAAGCCUGCCUCUGGAUGUGGGAUUUUCUUGUGUUGAAGACCCAUUGGUGGCCUUUGGCUGUUUAAUAUCCUUAGGUCAGGUUGUUGUCUCUUUGACAUAUUCACCAUUUCCAUUCUCCUUUUUUUUUAUAUUUUACCCUAGAUCAAUAGUAAAUCAUUCCAACUUUGUUAACAGGAUUCCAUUUUAUCAUUAUAGAAGUUUGUGAUUGCGAUUUAUAACAAUUGUUUGUAUGAUAUUUUAAUGUUAUUUUAAUGUUAUUUUUUAUGGACCAGUGUAUUUUAAGAAGUGCAGAAAAGGAAAAUUUUAUAUCAUUGUUUUUACUUUAUAACUGUUUUUUGCUUAUAUUUGAUUCACAUAGACUUAUCUUUGUAAACAUAAGGGUUUUGGUACUUAUUGAUACAUUGUAUAGGUGGAAAUUGGUCACAUUUAUUUUCUUUCAUCAAUGCACAUGGGUUAUAAUAUAAAAUAUGUUUCUGGCAUAACAUAACAGGUUGACCCUACAUGGUACACUCUUAAACAAGUACCGUAAUCUUUGUAAAACUUUAACCCUAUGAAAACUUCAUACUCAUGUAGCUUUAAAAAACAUUUGUGAGGAAGGUUGUGGGUGUGAUCCCCAGCUUGGUGAACCAAUUACUUGAAUACUAAUAUUUACUGCUUCCCUGCUAAGCAUGCAAUAUUUAGGAGUAAGAGCAGAUACUUGUUGGGUAAUGAUAUUAUUGUGUCUGAUGACAUGUCUUCCAGUUAACUAGCACAUUACAAAUAUUUUAGUUUAUUGGUUGAAAACAAAGCAUGGUUCAUAUUUAAAUCACAUUUACAAUUUUUAAUGUCUGGCUAUGCAUGUAAUAGUUGCAACUGGACAUUAAACACCAAUCUAUCUAUCAAACAUUCAGAAAUAAACAGACAAAUAGUUGAUCUCAGUUUAACAUUGUUUUCACUCAAAAUAAAUAAUGAAAAUAAGAUGGUUUCAUUUUGUAUACUAAAGAGUUGUCAUUUAAAUUUCAGCUUUUGCAUUACACGAUGAAAAUAACAUAUAGAAGAGAUGUAUGAUCUAUAUAACUUUGUGUCAGCAAGUUAUAAUAUUAAAACAGUUAUUGAUAUAAUUAAAGUUUAAUUCUUAACCUUUCUAGAUGAAAGUUUGACAGAUGUAUGUGUAAUGCUGUUAAUAUUUACAGCUAAUUCCAUUUUGUGUAUUUUAUAUUUGUUGUUAUUUUAAACUGCAAUAUUUAUCAUGGAUGUAGAUUAUUUACAUUAUUUAUAUUCUUUUUUGUGCUACAGCUAAUUUCCCAAUGCAAAUAGGGUAAGACUUUCGUUAGCUUGCUUGCUUUGUUUGUAUAUUGACGAUUGUAAUUGGGAUAACUUUCAAUCAAAUCUAAAUAUAAUAUAUACUUGUUUAAUAAUGCCUGUCUAUAUUGUUUGCAGAUGUCAAUAUUGAUUACAAUGCUUAAGCUUACCUUUAUACAAACAAAAUAUGCAAGCCAGCCAAAGUUUUACUCUACAAGCAUUAGGAAAUUAGCUGUAAAUCAUGACAUAUAUUUGUUUUGAUAUUGUUUGAUUUUGUUUAUAAAGAUGCUUUAAUUUUACAGAAAAAAGGUAAAAAAAUAAAUAUAUAUAAAACUUU